UUUCCGUACAUGUGCAUCCGAGCAUUUCAAUUUGUGGCCACGCGGAUGGCCAGGCAUCCAGUAUAUCCUCAGGUCCUCCGCGAGGGUCGGACCGGAAACACGAUCCUGCUGGAUAUUGGUUGCAUGAUGGGCACGGACGCCAGAAAAGCGGUCUACGACGGUUAUCCUGCGGAGAAAGUGCUGGCAUGCGACCUUCGUCUCGACUUUAUCGAGAUCGGCUACGGCCUCUUCGAAGAUAAGGACAAGUGCAGGAUCCAUUUCUUCCAGUCGGACGUUUUCGAGAUCCCGCUCGACGUUUCGUCGCACGACGCGCCGGUUCCGCUGAAAGAAGUAUCCCGCCUAGAGCACCUCCAAGGGCGAGUCGACCACAUAUACACCGGCGCCGUGUUCCAUUUGUUUGACGAGUCAACGCAAGUCGCGAUGGCGUUAAGGCUGGCUACCCUGGUGCCCAAGGAUCGGCCUGCGAUCAUCUUUGGUAGGCACCGAGGUCAAUUUACGGCAGGAUUGACGCCUGGUAUGUCGCGUUCGGGACCACGUUACAUACACUCUCCCGAAUCGUGGAAGGCACUGUGGGAG